GAGGGAGUGCUUGUGGGGAAGAGGAACAGGAGACUUGUCGGACUUGGGAGUGGGGAAGCGAAAAUAAGGCAAGUAACGAGCACUAAAGAAACAUGCCAAGAAAACGGGUGCUGGAAAAAGAUGACGCUGUCAAAGUGAAGCGGACUAAAGUCAGCCAUCAGUCGCACCAGACAGAGCCCGGACUGGUUCUGACCUUGGGGCAGGGCGACCUUGGGCAGUUGGGCCUCGGACCGGACGUGUUGGCGCGGAAGAGGCCUGCCCUGCUGCAGCUCCCCGAGAAGAUCAUCCAGGCUGAAGCGGGAGGGGUUCACACGGUGUGCCUCAGUGAAACAGGCCAAAUUUACACUUUUGGUUGCAAUGACGAGGGUGCCUUGGGGAGGGACACUUCAGAGGAGGGGUCAGACUUUUUGCCGGGACUUGUUGAUCUGAAGGAGAAGGUGGUGCAGGUCUCUGCUGGGGACAGCCACACGGCGGCAUUGACAGACGACGGGCGUGUCUUCAUCUGGGGAGCUUUCCGGGAUGAGAAUGGAGUCAUCGGUUUACUGGCUCCUUUGAAGGGCGGAGAGCAGUUGGAGUCUGCCAGUGGCAGCGCUGUUCCUGUGGAGCUGCAGUUGGAUGUGCCAGUUGUUAAAAUUGCUUCAGGGAGCCAUCACUUGGCAUUAGUGUCCAUGGCGGGAGGACUUUACACCUGCGGUUGCGGAGACAAUGGCCAACUGGGGCGAGUCCCCCAAGUCUUCACUGCCAGAGGAGGAAGAAAAGGAUUGGAACGGCUGCUGCUCCCACAAGCUGUUGCUAUCAAGCAGAGAGGCUGCAAGACCAAGGGGCAGAUCAAGGACGUCUUCUGUGGUUCUUACUCCACCAUCGCCAUUACCCAGGAGGGCCAUGUCAUUGGGUUUGGCCUCUCCAAUUACUACCAGCUGGGAUCUCAAGGAAUUGACACCUACUAUUCGCCAAAGGUUCUGACGGCGUUCAAGAACUCCACCAGAUCCUGGGUUGGGUUCUCAGCUGGGCAGCAUCACACUGUGUGUCUGGACUCGGAAGGAACCGUGUGUAGCCUUGGCAGGGCAGACUAUGGCAUGUUGGGCCUGGGAGAGGGCGCGUCGGACAAGAAGGCCCCCACGGCUGUCCCUGGGCUGCCGAAAGCGUCAUCGGUAGCCUGUGGGGAACGGGUUGGCUUUGCGGUUACGGAAGACGGCCGAGCAUUUGCCUGGGGCAUGGGGUCUAACCUCCAGCUUGCCACUGGGGAUGAAGAGGAUGCCUGGAGCCCCAUUCAGAUGUCUGGCCAGCAGCUGGAGAAUCGCAGCGUUCUCUCGGUGACCGGCGGAGGGCAGCACACCGUCCUCCUCGUCAAGGAGCAGCAGAGUUGACAAACUGUUCCUGCAGUCCCAGAGAGAACCAUCCAGGGGGCAGCACUUUCCUGAGUCUUUGGGACAGGGCUCGGGAGACUGGCUCCUUGGUGGCUUCCUGCGGAAAACUUUCUGAGAGUUCUCUAGGGAGAAAAUUAGCCAAUAUAAAAUAAUUCCCUUAAGAUGUUGGUAUUUGUUUAAAUCUUUAAAAAAAAAUGGCUUCCCUCACUGCUCUCAAAGCUAUUGAUAGUCAGGACAAUAAAAAUAAAAAUAAACAAGACAAGGGACAGCAUUUGGCUUUGGAAACACAUGGUGCUUUUGUUCCCUCGCCGCUAUCUGAUCUGCCUUGCUUCUGAAAUCUGCACAACUUGUCCUGGUUUCGCCAUCAAACCUGGGGCUUCAUCUCCUAGACUCUUGCCUUCCCUGCCACUGCCCCCCAGUUUAUAACGGCUCACCUCAAAAGUUACCAUUUUCUCCAUUUUUGCAUUCAAUCCCUCCUUGGUCCUGGGAGAUGGAUUAACUUGUACACCCAUCAAAGGCAGCCUUACCAAAACUGGUGCCCCCUGAAAGCUAUGGACUCCAGCUCCCAUCAGCCCCAAACCGGUGUGGAUUACAGUGGUCAGGGAUGAUGGGAGUUGUAGUCUAGGGACACCUGGCUGGUACCAGUUUGGAGAAGGCUGUUUUUAAGGGGAGGACUGCCUUCUCUUUAAUCUAGGUGUAGUUUCGAGCUUCUUCUGCCACCUUCCUGGUUGAGGCAAGGCGGGCAGUUAGAAGCAGAGAUGGUUCUUGAGGGUGACCCUAGUUCCUUAUUUAUACACAUGGAUGUCUUAAGAGUCGAGAGUUCUCUGGCAGCUGCCAGGGAUGGGGAAUGUGUAGCCCUCCCAAUGUGGUUGGAUUCUCAACUCCUAUCAGCCCCGGCUGGCAUGGCCAACAGUCUGGGAUGGUGGGAGUUGUAGUCCAACAUCUGCAGGGUCAGAGGUUAGCCACGCCUGCCACAGCUUCAAAGGACCAUUGCCUCCAAAAUCUUCGAGUGCAGCUUCCCCCAUCUGGGUGGCUUUGUGACGGUUCAAGGAAGGUGCCUAGGCUCAAAUGUUUUCCCCGAUUGAGAAUUCCUGAGGUAGAGCCAUCAGUCCUAUUAUUUUGGAUAUAUCCUGUAGACUGCUGCCUUUUUAAAGCUGUGUCUGUAAUCCUGGGAGGUUGCAAGGGAGCUGUUGCCCUCACUCUCCAUCGUGGUACCCAUAUUUAGUUUCUACCUGCAUCAGCCACAGGAAGCCUGUAUCGCUCCAUGUGCUAAACUCCAACUCCCAUCAGCCCCAGCCUGUAUGGCCAACAGCCAGGGAUGAUGGGAGUUGGAGUCCAACAACACCUGGAGGUCCACACCCUGUGCUGAGAUUUGGCCCUGCGGGGCACAUGUAGGCUUUGGUAAAGCCAGUGGAGGAAAUACAGCCGAAUUGUACUGACGAAUGGAUCGUGUGCAGUAAUCCGACUGGGAUAGUCUGUUUGUGUCAAUCUCUUCUACCCACUUUCUUGCUGUUGUCUCUUUCAACCACGUUUUGAAGACCCUGCCAGCCCUACGACGGGUUGUGUUUGGAAAAAUGCUGAGUUAUUGGCAAUAUUUGGGUGCCCUGAGUAUUUUUAUUUUGUUUUUAUUUUGUUUUUAGGAAGUAAGGGAAGCAAAAAGUGGUUAUAUUUUUUUUCUGCAGGAGAGAUGUGAAUCUGUAAAAAUGAUAACAUUUGAAAUAAUAAAUUGAGUUUUGAUAACUCUUGAGUGUGCAUCUUCUGCAGGGCCGUUGAUUCUGUUUUUGUCGCCUGCAUUUUUAUUGCUUAUUAUAUACCAUCCCUAUGACCGAUUUGAAGUUUAGGGGUGUGCAGCUUGCAACCGCAGCAAAAAAUGGGAUGCUUACUCAACUCAGCUUCAGGAUAGGGUGAUUGCCAUAUUGAAAAUAUUAAUAAGCUGCCUUUUCAGGUAAACCUCAAGGCUGUUUCCAGCAGCAUGUAAAACAUAAUUCAAAAAGAUGCAGCAAUAAUAAUAGUAACCAGAAAUAACAUUGAAGCAACACGCUGUGCAAUAAAUAAUAAUUAUCUAAAAAUGGUUGUCCCAUGUAGACAACAGCAGGGAUCAGCCAGCCGUGAGAUGCUUCCAGCCAAAAAUAAAACUAGUUGUGCAGAGAAAAAAAGAUGUAGUUUUGGAAGAGCUAUAAUUCUCAGGUACCUACGAAGAGAAAGUGAUUGGUAAGCCACUCACAGAAUUGUAGCUCUGAGGGCUAUAGGGGUCUCCAAGCAAGUCUGUAGCCUUAACUAACUACAUCUCCCAUAAUUCUUUGGGGGAAGACAGAGGAAUUUGCUGCCAAGGAGUGUGGUGGAGUCUCCUUCUUUGGAGGUCUUUAAGCAGAGGCUUGACAUCCAUAUGUCAAGAAUGCUUUGAUGGUGUUUCCUGCUUGGCAGGGGGUUGGACUGGAUGGCCCUUGUGGUCUCUUCCAACUCUAUGAUUCUAUGACUUCUCAAGGUGGUACUGCCGUGCCUUAAAUGUAUGGUGUGAAUGAGGCCCUGAAAUUUUGAGCAAAAGCUGGGGAUAUGGUAUAGUAUUUCUACCUCUACACCUGCAUCAUAUACCAGACAUACAAGUAACAUCCAUGUCAGCCUUCCCCAACCUGGAGCUCUCCAGAUAUUGCUGGACCACAAAUCCCAUUGGCCAUAUCAUCUGGGGCUGCUGGGACUUAAAACAUGUGGAAGGUGCUGGGCUUUAGGAAGGCUGGUCCAGGGCAUAGCUGUCAAGUUAUCCCUUUUUAAAAGGGAUUUUCCUUUAUGCUGAAUAGGCUUCCUCGCGAGAAAAGGGAAAACUUGGCAGCUAUGGUCCAGGGUUUCCCAACCUUGGGUCUCCAGCUGUUUUUGGACUACAACUCCCAUCAUGCCUAGCUAGCAGGACCAGUGGUCAGGGAUGAUGGGAAUUGUAGUCCAAAACCAGCUGGAGACCCAGAGUUGGGAAACAGCUAUAAAUGGUCAGUGUACUCACUCAUUAGGAAGGAGGUGCUUGCACAUGCACAGAAGCCGUGCCUCGAUACGGAUUUUUCGGGGUACCCCCAGAACGAAUUAAAUUCGUAUCCAGAGGGUCCACUGUAUUGUCUAGUGCAGGGUUAGGGAACCUCUGGCCCAAGGGCCAAAUCUGGCCCAGGAAGGGUCUCCGUUUGGCCCAUGAGGCUGUUUCCCCUAAACCACACUCACCUGCCUUGCACCUGUCAUUAUUAGGCACGGGGCUAGAUUGGCUAGGGAACUCUGCUGCCCAGCUAAUCCCUGCAGAAAGCAAGCUUAAAAUUGCUGCCUGUCACCUGAUAGGCAGUGACUUCAAUCCUUAGCUGAUCAGUGGUGCUUUAACUACUGCUCAGGACUUUGCAAGCCUUACCUCAGGCAUAGGCAAACUCGGCCAUCCAGAUGUUUGGGGGCUAUAACUCCCAUCAUCCCUGACCUCUGGUCCUGUUAGCUAGGGGUGAUGAAAGAUGUUCCAAAGUUGAACAAGGGUGUUCAGAGGAUGCCACACUGUAAGAUUAUCAGUUGAGAAAGUAAAGGGUACCAUGUUUCUAUAAAGCCAUCUGCGUCUUGUUCACCCCUCUGAGCUUUCAGGGGUCUGGUAAGUUUUUCCAUUAAUGCUGUCAUCUAUACUCCCCCCCCCCCCACAGGGAUA